GCUCUUUGCAGUCGGGGCUCUGGAGGGGCAUCCAACAUAUGGGAGGUUCUCCUUCCUCUUUACGGUGUCCGGGUAGACUGUCAGUCAAUGCAUGGCUGCCUCUGCUUCCAAACACCUUGGCUCUAAUGUGCCUUUUGCUGGUCGUUGGUACUGUGGAGUGGUGAGUGGAGGUUUUGAGGAACUUUUCUGUAAAUUUCAAAUCAACGACAUCUCAAGGGAGCAAGGAAGUCGAGGAACCUGGGUGUGGCCCUCACCGGAAGAACUCAGGCAAGGGGUGGUUUAAAAUGCCUCCUAGCUGGCUAGGGCUGCACCUGGGCUGCAACUGUUAAGUCUCACGUUCAGCAUCCCAGCCCUGGUCUGUCCUGCCUCUGUCUCUGAUGGCCAGACUGGAACAUUUGCUGCUGCCGCAGGGGCUGCUUCUGUGGGCAACAGUUUACAGUGUAAGCAGUCCAAGCCAGUGUGGGGAAGAUGAAUUCCAAUCCGAUACCUUCUGCUGCCAAUUAUGUCCUGCUGGCACCUACGUCCUCAAGCCAUGCCAGGGGGACCACGGUAAAAGCGAAUGUGUCCCAUGUGAAGCUGGAUACUUCAUGAAGUACAAUAACCAUGAGCUUAACUGCUUUCCAUGCUCUCAGUGCCGGGAUGACCAAGAGGAGGUGGCCGAAUGUUCCCAGACGGCUGAUCGUGAGUGCCGGUGUAAGCAGGGAACCUACUGUAACUCUGAAAACUGUGUGGAGAAGUGCCUUCCAUGCAGCAGAUGUCCGAACGGCAGAGUCAUCAGGCAUUGUAACGCCACAAUGGACACACUGUGUGACACGUUGGAUUCAGGGUCAGGAAUGCCAAGCUGUCGCUGUCUCUGCCUGUCUGGAGCUGAGAAAGCUGUAAUUAUCACAGCUGCUGUCAUGGUCAUCAUAGCUGCUGUCAUCAAGAUCAUAGAUCUUUUCAUCACCACCAGGUUUUAUAAAAGAGGGCGUCUACGUUUACCACAUGCUUCAGAAGAGGUGAUUCAGCUCUCCUCCAAUACACUACAAAGUUCUAAUGAGUAAACAUAUGGCAUUCCCGAAGCUCACUGGAUUUAAGGCCAUUGAUGUUCCUGAGCAUGGACAUAGAGGAAACAAUGAACAUGACAAGCUUGGAAGUGUUUGUGGAAUAUUCCUUUACACUGCGUGAAUAUAUGUCACUGUGAUUUGUUUACUAAAGAAGCUGACUGGCCAAUAGCUGGACAGGUAGAGGUUAGGCAGGAGAGUCAAACUAAGAAUGCUGGGAAGAAGGGUGGAGUCUGGGAGUUGUGAGCAGACACAGAGAGAAACAAGAUGGGCAUGCAGUACUGAGAGAAGGUACUAAGCCACAUGGCAAAGCAUAGAUAAAAAAUAUGAGUUAAUUUAUAAUGUAAGAGUUAGUUGGUAAUAACCUGAAACUAUUAGCCAAACAUUUAUAAUUAAUAUGUUUCUGUGUGGUUGCUUGGGAGCAGCUGGCAGGGCAGAAACUUCUGCCUAUUAAGUGCUGUUUCUAAACUUGGGUCUGGCCUCCCAAAGACUAAUAAUUAUAUAUGUGUUUGCAAGCUGUGACAAUUUAGCUGUUAAAAACAUGUAUUUGCUAGGCCCUCAAGCUAAAGUCAAGUGUCUUUUGGUGCAGGACUGAGACAUUCCAUAUAGCCCAGCUGAAUUUGGAGCCUGCUCCCACCCCACUGUGAACUCUAAAUAUGUGAUAUGCCCUUCUCUUGUGUGAAGCUUAGUAGUUUGUGUGGCCAGAGGGCUUCCCUCCUUGAAGACCACUGUGGUCUUUAAGACAUGAAUGUUUGUGUUCUGAACUUGUAGAUUAGACUCAGUUUGGGAUCUUGGUACUCAGAAUGUCUUCCUAGGAGCCAAGGUUAGGAGGACCCAAAUGUGCUUUGAGCCACCACACCCCUGCAUUCUACAUCAGGGUGUGACCAGAUAAGGUGCUUUGUUACCCAUAGAGGCUCACAACAAAGACCCCUUGCAGGCCUGCCUGAGCAACCAAGGACUGUGUCACACUGGGCACUGGGGACAGUGUCUGUGCUUUUAAGCUAUCCAACCCCCAGGCAUUUACCUAAGAACUAGCCUUAGACUUGAUUCCUCUCAAGCAGAGGGAGCUCGUGUGAAUGAGAAUUCCUCAAGAAAAACUGUCUAUGUAGGUUAAUUAGCUGUUUAAAAUUUUAGCCAGGUGGUAGUUGUAAUGAUUGUUGUGUCCUUUUAAGAGACAAGCCACGCCCACUCCCUACCCCAUCUGCUGAGGCAGGCUGAUCUUCAGCUUCCAGCCUGAGCUCGCUCUCUUUUCCAUCUUCCUCUUGGAGAGGCAGCUUCGCUUCUGCCUCUUUCCCCACUCCUCUGCUUCCCCUCUGCUCUUCUCCCCUUCUCCCCCCAUAACCCUCUGAAUAAAUAUUCAAUCUCACUCUGCAUGGUGUGCCUAUUCAUGCUCUGUCUCUUACCUGCCCACCAUGUGUCUCCUUGCCUGGGACCAGCCACCACUCGGGGACCGGCAGCCGUCUCUGCCUGGGAUUGGCUGUUCCCAGGGCCCGCUGCCUGCUGCCACAUCGCCUGCUACCACUGCUUGGGGGCCUACAGCAUUUCUGCUGCCUCCUGCCACUGCAGGGGAUCCUGCAGCAUUUUUAAUUUUUCCAUUACAACACCUUUAAUCCCAGCAUUAAGGAGGCAGAGACAAGUGGAUUUCUUGAGUUUGAGGUCAGCCUGGUCUACAGAGUGAGUUCCAGGACAGCCAGGACUACACAAAGAAAUCCUGUCUCAAAAGACCAAAACAAACAAACAAACAAACUGUAGGGCCUGGGUCUGCUCCUGAUCCUGGGGUUACUUGACAGUUUCUGGUCAGCCAACUAAAACAUUGUUUGUUUUUGUGCUCCCUGUGGUGCAUUGUUUACUCUAUCUUGAGUGAGGGAAUUUCCCAUCUUCCUGGGGGUAAGUCUUUGUGCAGCAGCUAGGUAUUUAAGGAUUUCCCCAAAGUUGAAUAAACGGCAUUCAGCUGAUCUCCUCUCUAAUGA